AUGGCGUCGUGGUCCACCGGCCUCUUCGGCUGCUUCCACGACGUUGGCGGCUGCUGCCUGACCUUCUUCUGCCCGUGCGUCGCCUUCGGGAGGAUCGCCGAGAUCGUCGACAAGGGGGCCAUAUCAUGCUGUGCGAGCGGGACGCUGUACAUGCUUCUGGCCAUGACGACGGGGGUGGGCACCGGCUUCUACUCCUGCUGCUACCGUGCCAAGCUGCGGGAGGAACACGGGCUCGCCGAGAAGCCCUGCGGCGACUGCUGCGUCCACUUCUUCUGCGGCCUCUGCGCCCUCUCCCAGGAGUACCGCGAGCUCAAGAACCGUUGUUUCGACAUGAGCGCGGGAUGGGAAGCCAGCGCGGAGAGGAUGGGGAAGACCGCCGCGCCCUAUGUGAACUCCGGGAUGACUCGUUAG